AUGACCGAUUUUCAGAAGGCCUUCGACUCAAUAUCGCGUGAUUACCUAUUCGGAACGCUACAGAAGCUGGGUUUGCCGGAGGAUUUCGUGGGAUGGACGAUAGGUUUACACAAAGAAGCGGGUACAUGUCUGCACAUCAACGGAUGGACAGGGGACAAGGUGGCAGUGGAAAAGGGCGUGCGCCAAGGCUGUCCGCUGGCGCCGUACCUUUUUCUCUGCGCGGUAGAACCGUUAUGUCAGGAGAUCAGCAGAGUAAAGCUGGGGAUCGGGAAGAAAGGCGUGGGGAAACUGGCGUACCUGGGGUAUGCUGACGAUACCUCUCUCUUGCUACACGGUGUGGAGCAGCUGGAGGCAGCAGCAGGGGUGCUGUCAGCCUUCGAAGAAGAGUCGGGGCUGAAGGUAAACGAGGGGAAAACGGUAAUCUUCCCGCUGGGGAAGAAUCGGGGAAAGACAGCGCCGCAAAACCUGAAUUACAAAUGGGCGGACAAGGAUGAACCGGAGCGUCAUCUGGGGAUCUGGAUUACGCCGAACGGUGACCCGACUCCAUCCUGGAACAAAGCGUUGGACAGGGCGAAAGGGGAGUUAGCGAAGUGGGAAAUGCAGCAUCCGACAACGUCAGCAAGGGUCACGAUAGUCAACAGCUACAUUGUGCCGAUCUUUCUCUUCCAGGCACAAGUUUACCUGCCACCAGAGGCCAUAUGGAAGAAGAUCCGCAAGUUGUGCCACACCUUCAUCUCGAAAGGGGAAGCGGUGGAAGAGAAGCAAUGCAUCCUCUGGAAUUAUCGGCUGGUCUGCACGCCGCGGAAAGACGGGGGAUUGGGGUUGAUAUGUCCCGAAAAACGGGUCGACAGCAUCGCCAUCCGCUGUGUCUGCAAGCUGGUGCUGAAACCAAACUCGGUCAAGAAGUGGCUGGCGGAGAAAGCGGCGGAGAUGCCCCUGGAGCUGGACACAAUCUUCGCACACAGGUCGCUGUUGGAUCACUGGGAGAAAGGGAGCGAGCGGUGGAAGGAGUUAAUUGGAAAAUUCUGGAAAGGCGCAGAGGCGUUACUCGGCAUCCGCAUGGGAGACCUGAUUGUUAAAGCGCGAGACGGAACAUGUGAGCUCAAGAAGCUGGCAGCACUGGCAAGGGAGCUCGGUUGCAGGGAGAAGGCGAAGUGGGCGUUGAGGGCUUUCAACGCAGCACCAGCAACCUGGAAGGAGAUGGUACUCGCAAAAUUGACAAGCGAGGAGAUCGUGGCUACGGUGAAGCUUCUACGGUCGAGCAACGGCGCAACUGGUGGUUUUACCUACUGGAAAGUGGGCGAAGCAAGAGGCGACACGGUGGAGGGGAUACUAUGCGAUAUAGGGGACAGAGGGCACUUCUCACCCUACGAGGGAAACCUCAAGAUGUAUUUCAACCUGCGUAGCGGGGUGCCGACGUUCACGGAAGGGAGUGUAUUCCUGGGCCCCAUGGGGGACGUGCGGACGAAGCUUUUGCUCUCAGCGGCAUGCGAAGGAGGGGAGCUGAUCACGCUGAAAGGGAUAAGGAAGGUGCUGGCAGACUCGGCCGGACCACAAGAAGAACAAAGGAGAUGGGAAGGACAGAGGAGGGUGAUCGAGUGGGACAGAGUCAUCGAACAGAGGGACUCCCUGGUCACCCCACGGCGGGCACGUGAAAUCCUCAUACGGCUCCACUGUAGGAACCUGCAAGUGGGCUCGAGGCUGUUUUUCAUGGGGGUGGUCUGCCCACACUGCCAGGGAGAGGAAACCCCAGAUAACUGCCUCCUUGACUGCCUGGCGGUGCAGGGGGUGGCGAAUGUGAUGAGGCAUGGACUAGAAAUAAUGCGCCCGGGCCUAGCGUGGCAAGAUCUGGAGGAUCUGCUCUUCAUGCAAAGAAGCACAAGGUCGGGCUUUCCAGAAGGGACAUGA